AAAAUGGAGUAAGGAGAGACACAAAGGAAAAGCUGAAAUCACAACCAUACAUUGAAGUAGAGGCUGUAUUAUAUCCCUAUCCGCUAUCCUAUCCGUAAUCUCAUCCUCUCGUUUCCGAUUCAGUCAUCCACCAAUUACCUUACUUACUACUCUGCUCUGCUCUCUUCUACUUAUUCAAUCUAAAACCUCUGUCAUCUGUCCGUCUCUCUGUUUUACUCCACAACCACUAUCACUACCAUUAUGGCUUCGGCUACUGUUUCUGUAGCCAAACCCAACCUUCAGAUUCAGGCAAAAGGAAAGGGUGUUGGUUUUGCAGAUUUCUCAGGCCUACACAACUCCUCUACUAGCCUUCCCUUUGCCAGGAAAACCUCUGAUGACUUCCAUUCACUCGUUGCUUUUCAGACAUCUGCUCUAGGAAGCAAUAAUGGCGGGUACAGGAAAGGGAUGGCAGAGGCAAAGCUAAAGGUGGCUAUAAAUGGGUUUGGUAGGAUUGGCAGGAAUUUCUUAAGGUGCUGGCAUGGCCGUAAGGACUCCCCACUUGAUGUCAUUGCCAUCAAUGACACUGGUGGUGUUAAGCAGGCUUCUCACCUUCUCAAAUAUGAUUCCACCCUUGGCAUCUUCGCUGCCGAUGUCAAGCCUGUUGGCACUGAUGGCAUCUCUGUUGAUGGCAAGGUUAUCAAGGUUGUUUCUGACCGCAACCCUUCCAACCUCCCAUGGGGGGACCUAGGAAUAGAUCUAGUCAUCGAGGGAACCGGUGUGUUUGUCGAUAGAGAAGGUGCAGGUAAGCACAUUCAAGCAGGAGCCAAGAAAGUGCUGAUUACUGCCCCAGGUAAGGGUGACAUCCCCACCUAUGUUGUUGGAGUGAAUGCUGACACCUACAACCCAGAUGAGCCUAUCAUCAGCAAUGCUUCUUGCACCACCAAUUGCCUUGCUCCUUUCGUCAAGGUUCUGGACCAGAAGUUUGGUAUCAUCAAGGGCACCAUGACUACCACUCACUCGUACACCGGUGACCAGAGGCUACUUGAUGCUAGCCACCGAGACCUCAGGCGUGCUAGAGCCGCAGCUCUCAACAUCGUCCCGACUUCAACUGGUGCGGCAAAGGCCGUGGCCCUUGUACUCCCUACUCUCAAAGGCAAACUUAACGGCAUCGCAUUGCGUGUACCAACACCAAAUGUGUCGGUGGUGGACCUAGUGGUCCAGGUUUCAAAGAAGACGUUUGCUGAAGAGGUGAACGCUGCUUUCAAAGAGAGUGCAGAGAAAGAGCUACAGGGUAUACUUUCAGUGUGUGAAGAACCCCUCGUUUCAGUGGACUUCAGGUGCUCUGAUGUGUCCUCCACCGUUGAUGCAUCACUCACCAUGGUCAUGGGAGAUGACAUGGUUAAGGUGAUUGCUUGGUAUGACAAUGAGUGGGGCUACUCUCAAAGGGUUGUGGAUUUGGCUGACAUUGUUGCCAAUAGCUGGAAGUGAUUUCAAUGUGCUAUACAUACAUAUAUGCAUAACAAUGUCACCGAUGGUUGAUUUUUGCAUGCUCACUUCAUUUUUAUUCUUUCGGCUUCAGCAAUUUCUCAUUUUGUCAAGGCUACUAUAUAAUCUGUAAUGUAAUGUGGGAUACAUACAUUCUCUAAUAUGCUUAUGGAAUAAAAUUCUUACUUUAGCAUUCA